ACAUCCUGAGUUUUAUUUCCUUAUGUAAACCCUUUCGUUCUCAUCUAGAUUUCGCAUAAAAUUAGGGCUUUUGAAAGUUUUGUAAUGCUGCGAGACAAUGGAGGACUCGGAGAAAAUCAUUGUGUCGAAACCCGACGACAACUCUAAAUCAGGGUUUCAAUAUUCUGUUUCCAAUUCCGAUCAAGAUCCUCUUCAGUGCGAUUCCGAUCACGCCUCGCUCCACGAGCACCUCCAGAAGAGUUUAACUUUGAAUGCCGAGCGACAACGAGACCGAGAAGAUGAAGAGAAAAAAGUGGCGGUGAACAUUUCGGAGGAAGAAGAAAGGGGAGAUGAAGUAGAAGAGGAUGCGAAGAGCGAAGAGAGUAAUGGAGAUAUCAAGGCAACUGCGUAUGAAGAGAAAGCUGAAUAUGAAUGGAUAGGCGCAGAGGAGCCCGAGAAGAAGGCUGAAUAUGACUGGAUAGGUGCAGCGAAGCAUGAAAAUCAGGAUCAAUAUGACUGGACAGGUGCGGACGAGCCUGAGAAGAGGGUUGAAUACAAUUGGAUUGGCACAUACGAGCAUGGGAAUAAGGGUGAAUAUGGCUGGAAUGGUGCAGGCGAGCAAGAUAACAAGGGUGAAUAUGACUGGAAUGGUGCAGGCGAGCAUGAUAACAAGGGUGAACAUGGCUGGAAGGGUGCAGACGAGCAUGAUAACAAGGGUGAAUAUGGCUGGAAGGGUGCAGACGAGCAUGAUAACAAGGGUGAAUAUGGCUGGAAUGGUGCAGACGAGCAGGAUAACAAGGGUGAAUAUGGUUGGAAUGGUGCAGACGAGCUUGAAAAUAGGGAUGGGAGAUAUGAUAGUGGCAGUUAUUAUGGUAGUAGUGAUAAUAAUUAUGCUAGGAAGUAUUUAUACCCCGUGAGGCCUGAAGCAGAAGAUUGUGCCUAUUAUAUGAGAACAGGGACUUGCAAGUUCGGAUCCAAUUGCAAGUUUAAUCAUCCUGUUAUAAGGAAAAACCAGGCCAUUAAAGAGAAGGUGAAGGGAAGGGAAGACUUACCAGAGAACCCGGGCCAGACAGAGUGCAAGUACUACCUAAGGACAGGAGGGUGUAAGUUUGGGAAUGCAUGUAGAUUCAACCAUUCGACAGUGAAAGUGCCAUUGGUCAAUCAAACUGAAGAACUUAAUUUUGUUGGCCUGCCAAUCCGACCGGGAGAGAAAGAGUGUCCAUAUUACAUGCGUAAUGGCUCCUGCAAAUAUGGAGCAAAUUGCAGGUUUAACCAUCCUGAUCCUACCACUGCUGGAGGAAGUGACCCUGCUUCAGGAUAUGGUAAUGGUCGCUCUGCAACUUUACAGAGUACCUCCCAGUCCGGUGUUGCUUCGUGGCCUUCGCCAAGGACAAUAAAUGAGACUGCCCCCUUUGUUCCAGUGAUGUUUUCACCAGCCCCGGUGGUUCCUCCCCAAAGUCCAGAAUGGAAUGGCUUUCAGGCUCCUCUAUAUCCACCAGAAAGGAGUAUUCAUCCACUUCCUGCGUAUGUUAUGACCAACCCUGCAACUGAGACCAAUGCUUAUACUUAUCUUCAGAAGCCGCAGAUGGUAGUCGAUCAGUUCCCAGAACGACCUGGCCAAUCUGAAUGCACUUACUAUAUGAAAACUGGGGACUGUAAAUUCAAAAUGAACUGCAGAUUUCAUCAUCCAAAAAGUCGUAUCUCAAAAUCACUUCCAUGUGCUCUAAGUGACAUAGGCCUGCCUCUGAGACCUGAUCAAAAUAUCUGUUCGCAUUAUAGUCGCUAUGGCAUUUGCAAGUUUGGCCCAGCUUGUAAAUUUGACCAUCCAAUCCAACAGUCUUCUUCAACAGUCUCUUCUCUGGAUCAGCUGCAUUCCCUUAAUGACCCCGUCACUGCAGGAGAGGACACAAUGGCUGGCAAUGGCAAAGGAAAUGCAAAUGGAACUUACCUUGGAGUUAGGCAGCCUGUGUAAAAUUUUUGCCUUCAUAGUAUUUUACCUCUGUUGCGGAUUUUAUAUAUAAAAUUGAAAAUUAAUUAACUCAUACUUGCAUUCUGCUACCAGCUUGGCAUGGAAUUUUUAUAGGUAGGUAUUAUAUAUUUCUCUUUGAUGGUUGUAAACUUAUGGUAUGCACAAGAAUGCUUGACAGAGUUUGUCUAUGGAUAUUUUAAAAGCCUCACAGAAGGACAGACUUUCGCAGUU